UUGAAGCAGUCGUGUAAAAAUCAUAAUUGCCAUCGCCUCUCAUCUUCUGACUUACCGGAGGGAUCUUCUUCUCAACUUGAAACGGCUAUUUGAGAGCAAAUCUAAAUUUAUAGCAAUCACUUGUGUGUUUCUCAACAUUCUGCCAAAGUUUAAUCAUUAAUCUUUUGCCUUCUCGUCAGUAUUCUCUAGUUUAUAAAGAUUACAAAGCCUGGUAAGUGGGAAUGCUGAAAGAUGUGCUUGAAAGUUGAAAAUUACUUGGUUGAGGUUAAUGAAGUGUUAGCUCCAUUUGAUUUUGAGCAGCACUUGUUCAUCCUUGAUGAGAUUCAACUUCAACAUUUUACUUACACCCCAUUUCAGUUCCCGGCUCAGAAGCCCAGUAUAGGUAGAUUUUUGAGAAAACGGGUGAUGUUAAAGCAUGAUGUGUGCGAAGAUGGUUAAGAUUUUUAUGUUCUUGAGUCAAUUCCAGUCUUAGAGUUUGCUUAGAUAUUGUGUAGUUAACUUUUGGGUAGAGUAGAGUUUAUUGUGUAUAGAGACUACAAUUCAGAAUGGAAAAUAAAGGGAGCAUAUUGAUGCAACGGUAUGAAUUAGGGAAAUUACUAGGCCAAGGAACCUUUGCCAAGGUUCACCAUGCGAGAAAUCUUAAAACUGGCAUGAGUGUGGCUAUUAAGAUAAUAGACAAAGGGAAGGUCUUGAAGGUUGGGAUGAUGAAUCAGAUUAAACGAGAAAUAUCUGUGAUGAGACUGGUUAAGCACCCAAAUGUGGUGGAGCUUUAUGAGGUUAUGGCGAGCAAAACCAAGAUUUACUUUGUAAUGGAAUAUGUUAAAGGUGGUGAGCUUUUCAAUAAGGUAGCCAAAGGAAAACUCAAGGAGGAUGUUGCAAGGAAAUAUUUUCAACAGCUGAUUUGUGCUGUUGAUUACUGUCACAGUAGAGGAGUCUGCCAUCGGGAUCUAAAGCCUGAAAACCUAUUGUUGGAUGAGCAGGGUAAUCUUAAGGUUUCAGAUUUUGGAUUGAGUGCACUUGCUGAAACUAAGCAUCAAGAUGGGCUACUCCACACAACCUGCGGGACCCCUGCUUAUGUUGCUCCAGAAGUGAUUAAUAGAAAAGGCUACGAUGGAUCCAAAGCUGAUAUAUGGUCAUGUGGAGUUAUCUUGUAUGUUCUUCUAGCUGGCUAUCUCCCGUUUCAUGAUUCAAAUCUGAUGGAGUUGUAUAGGAAGAUCGGUAAGGCAGAGUUUAAAUUCCCUACCUGGUUUUCCCAGGAAGUACGCCGGUUUUUGUCAAAAAUCUUGGAUCCAAACCCAUGUACGAGGAUAUCCAUGGCCAAGAUAAUGGAAAAUUCGUGGUUUCGCAAGGGAUUGGAAAAACCCAUUGUUUAUGAAACAGAAGGGAAAGAACUGACCCCUCUGAAUGCUGAUGCAGUUUUUAAUCUGAAUGGAAACAGCAGUACUACAGCAGAGUUGAAGACUGAAUUGGCAAAGCCUUGCAAUUUGAAUGCUUUCGAUAUUAUUUCCUUUUCUGCAGGCUUUGACUUGUCUGGUUUAUUCGAGGAGAGAGAACGAAGAAGGGAAAUGAGAUUCACCUCCAACAAGCCAGCCUCAACAAUCAUCUCUAAGCUGGAAGACAUUGCUAAACGUCUUAGGCUGAAAGUAAGAAAGAUAGAUGGAGGUUUGCUGAAAAUGGAAGGCUCCAAGGAAGGCAGGAAAGGAGUGUUGGGCAUUGAUGCAGAGAUCUUUGAAAUCACUCCUCAUUUCCAUUUGGUGGAGGUUAAAAAGAGCAGUGGAGAUACACUUGAGUAUCAGGAGACGAUGAAACAAGACAUAAGACCAUCUCUCAAGGACAUUGUUUGGACUUGGCAAGGAGAGCAGCAACAGAAACAAGAAGAAGAACAAGCAGCACAACAACCAGAGCAGCAAGAAGGACAGCCUUCUCAAGCCCUCCCAUUGCAGCAGGUUCACCCAGCUCUGGAUUCAUGAUAAUAUUAUAUUUAACUGCUAUGUUUUAUAUGGUUUCUUUUAGACAUGUAAUUGGAUUGCUAUUUUCAUGCAUCUUCUUAAGUAAAAGAACGAUAAUUUCAACUCUCUUUUA